UCUGCCUGCCCGCCAUGUGAAAUUUCGUGUUUUGAAAGAAGCGUAAUAUGCCCAAUGAUCAUCAGGAGAAUUCACAUACCCAAACCAGCAAUAAUAAUACUUGUAAAGCAUACGACGAUUACUUACGGAAGCUUCGAAAGUGGGAGAACGAUGUGAAGGCCAAGGACGCUGAGCUUCGUUUACAGAAAUUGAAACUUCGCGAAACCGAGGGGUUGAAGUCAUCCCCUGAGCAAGCCCCCAAGGAAAACGGGUGUACGAAGUUAGAUAGCGUUGUUUCAAAAAGCACAACCGGAGACUUGCAUAAAUCAGAUGAGGAAAUGGAGACUACUGAAGACGACGAUAUGUCAGAAGAAGAAGAACUGGAUGCGCAAUGGAAGCGUCAGAAAGCACUGAUGGCAAAGGAUAAGGGCAAUGCACUUUUCAAAGAAGGUCAAUACGACAUGGCAAUUGAGAGCUACACAACAGGCAUUGAAUGUGACCCAACCAACGCUAUGCUCUUCGCCAACCGUGCCAUGGCAUUUCUGCGGAAAGACAUGUUUGCCGCGGCGGAAGAAGACUGUACGAGCGCACUGGCAUGGGACCCAACGUACAUAAAGGCGUACCACCGUCGGGGCAUGGCGCGUGUAGGUCUAAAGAAUUACGAUUUGGCACAGGAUGACUUCAGGCGGGUCCUCAGCCUCGAUCGAGACAACAAAGAAGCCAGGCAACAGCUGGAGAAGUUGGAUAUGAUGGAAUCAAUGAAGAAGGAAGACUUAGUACCAGUACAUGAUCACGAAGAGAAGUCGAGAAGAACUAUUCCUUUGCACUCGACAAAAUCCCCCAGGGUUGUGACCAUUCAGCCGAUCUCCAAGCCCGAACAUCUCCGAUCCAAAAAACCUCUGAAGAGGAUACAGAUAAAAGAAGUUGGGACUGAAGACUAUCCCGAGGAUUCCAAGCCAUCGGCCAAGAAACUGACGUCUUCGUCCGUUGAAGCGUCAUGCUCGUUGCAGACUUCGCUCCAGCCUGACCUUCCAUCUCCAGCAAGCACUUCGUACCAGUUCUUAGCGGACUGGAAACGGAUCAGCAGGUUUCCCGAACAGAAGUAUCAGUAUCUCAAGCAAAUAGACCCUGCCAAACUACCCAUCAUUUUCAAGCAUUCCCUGGAAAGUGAACUCUUCACAGAUAUGCUGAAGAUUUUGGACAAGUAUUUCAUAGCAAAUGACUUGGAUGUCUAUCCUUUUUUGAGUCACCUCUCAAAAGUCGGAAGGUUUUCGACGCUCACAAUGUUGCUUGGGAAUGAUGAAAUGCAAUGUUUACAAAGGCUGCUUACAUAUGUCAAAGAAAGUACAUCUGAAGAAAACAGCUUAGAGCUGCGGAAGAUAUACAGGGUGUGAAGUCGGGAGCACCUGUCAAACUAUGUUUGUAUAAAGUUAAAAGUGUACAAUAUCUAAAGGAAUGUCCUCCGAAUAAAGUUGAUACUCAGUGA